AUGGAGUAUGAAUAUGAACCACGAUAUUGUUUUCGAUUAGUGCCAUUACAGAUUUGUUGCAAAUUGUUUGUUAUCGGUGACAUUCUUCUUCAUUUGCUUAUUUGUGGAUUUUUCGUCAAAUUAGCAACAUUAGAAAUGGUUUUCAUACCAUUUGGUGUUGCUCAAUUGAUGCUAACCCUCUUACCUACAUUAUUUUACAUUGGUAUUAUAAACGAAUCGGAUAGGCUAAUGAUACCGAUGCUAGUUGCUAGAAUUAUAAUGAUGUUGAUAGUUGGUACCGUAACGAUCUUAACAUGGAUUGCAUUUGCAUUGUUACUAUUUUCACUUAUUCAUCUCGAAAGUCCAAUUAGUAAAAGGCUAUCGCCAUCAACAUACUUAGGAUUGCAAACUAUAACAACGACAAUAUGUUGGAUAGUAUUAAUAUUGGAAGGAUCUAUCUUACAAGCCGGUUACAAAUACAUUAAAAGACGAAUGGUUCAAAGAAACGCCGAAGAAGAAUUCACACCAUUUGUGAAUGGUGGUAGUUCAACAAUGAAACCCACUGCUGUGUGA